AUACAUAUAUACACAUCACUAAGAGGUUGUGUCCGCGUUUAAUGUUAGUGAAACUAUCGGCUCCGGUUCAACCGGUUGUGCUGAUGAUGGAAAUAUAUCUUAGUAUCCUCGCGUCUGUCUUGCUCGGACUCGUUCAGGGUCAGGAUGCUAAAUGUGGUAUGGGAGUUAAGUGUGUAUCAAUUGAAGACUGCGAUGUAUUAAAGGAACUUAUACAUAAAUCAUCGCGAGAUAGACUCACUGUUACCAAAUUUCAUUGCGGCUACGAUGGAGAUGUGCCCAGGGUUUGUUGCCCGCCGUCUAAUAUUAAAAGAUGUCCGACACUAGAAGGUACUAUAGGGACAUGCGUUAGUCUAGAAAACUGUCCUUAUCUCGUGAAACGAAAGAGUACUGAGAAAGCCCAGGAUAUAGAAUACGUUCAACGAUCAAGGUGCCCCGGACCUAAAGUGUUGAGUGUUUGUUGCGACCUUUCCCUAAACAUAUCUAAUAUGGACACACACGUCCUUCCGGACCCCAUGAUGGGUGGUGUAGACAACACAGACAACAGAUUCUUAACCGAUUGCGCCGUCCUGAACGAAACCUUAGGUGUUAUGCCAUCAACGAGCGAGUGUUGUGGCAUUGAAGCUAAUAGUGGAAACAGAAUUAUUGGUGGCACAGAGACAGCUAUAGACGAAUAUCCUUGGCUGGCGAUGCUUGAGUACGAACUACCAUACUUGUGCGGUGGAACUUUGAUAAGUAGACGUCACGUAUUAACAGCGGCACAUUGUCUUGUUGGUGACACCAUGGCACCCAGAGGAGUGAAAUCUGUACGACUUGGUGAAUACGAUACAGAGAAUGAUGGUCCAGACUGCGUGGAAGUCGAAGGUGGCGGUGAUGAUUGCACUGAGGGGGCCAUUACAUUUAAAAUUAACAAAAUCAUUGUACAUCCUGGGUAUAACAGUGAGCUUGAGGUACUGAAAGCCAACGACAUCGGUCUAUUGAAACUAGAUGGAACUGUGCCAUACAACGAUUUCAUUCGUCCCAUCUGUUUGCCGAAGGCUGAUCUGUAUGAGAUGCCCAUAUCUCCAACUCUUCGUUUCCAUGUAGCCGGUUGGGGGGCUGUUAGUGAGACUAAAGAGAGGAGCAGAGUUAAACUUCAAGUCGAUCUACCUGUUAUCAAGCAGGAGGAAUGUAAAAAAUUAUAUAACUUGAACGAAAAACCACUAGUGUGGAAUAAGCAAUUCUGCGCUGGUGGUGAACCAGAUAAGGAUACGUGUAGAGGAGAUUCAGGUGGUCCACUCACAUACGUGGACCCUGUCAAAAAAAUCAACGAAAUCAUCGGCAUCACCAGCUUCGGCAUAUUGAAAUGUGGAACUCAAAGACGACCCAGUGUUUACACUAAAGUUUACGAUUACUUACCGUGGAUAUUAGAUAAUAUAAAGCUUUAAAUAUUUCCCAUAUUAAAUAAUUCAAGAGUAGUUUCAUAUACUAAGUCAUAUUAUAUAUAGUGAUUAGCCUAAAUCGCGCUAUUAUUUUCCUCUUGGUAAAUAAACGCUCUCUUCUAUACGAUUAAGAAAAAUGCUCUUCUAUACAAAUUUGUUUAGUGUCGUUCUGUAGGAAAUGUAGGUACAUUAUUUAAAAGUAUUUUUUAAAUAUUAAAUAGAACAAUGACGAAUCAUAAUUUCAUGAAAGUCGAGUCUGAUAUAAAUGGUAAAAAAUAAGUUUUUUUUUUUAAGUAUUUCAUAGAGCAUUUUUUUUUAAACUUUCCUACUAUUUAUAGAUUUUAAGGAAACUUUAAUGCCAUAGUAUUAAUUGUUCGUGUGUCUGUUAACGAAGUUGUUUUGUUUUAAAUGUUUAACAUAACGCGAGUGAUACUAUUAUAUAUAAUAAAAACUAAUACUAAUGAAUCUUAGUUAAAACUUAUAUAAAUAGAACAUUAUUAAAUACUCACUUAUAUAAUAACAUAUAAUUUGUAACAGCAGUACUUUGACAUAUUUUGUUUCUUUUCAUUUCUUUUCCUCUCACUCUGUGUCUUUUUUUAUCUUUUAUUCUAUCUCAACUUUUAUAUGUCUUUUGGGAUUGUUUUAUUAAACAAUCAUAUAAUAUCAUUCAUAACUCGCUUUCAAGUUAAUGUUGACUUAUUAACAUUAAUUACAAUUGCAGAAUUGAAGUUAUAAUGAUCUUUGACAUCAAAUAGAUUGUGAUAUAUUAAAUUAGUUAUAACAUAAGAUAUAUAACUUUAAAUACA